UCUGCAAUUUUCCUCCAUUCUCUCUCUCUCUUUCUGUUCUCUUCCUCUUCUCUCUCUCUCUUUUAUCUUUGAGAAUUUCUUUAUUCACUUUUUUUUAACCACUUUGCAUUUGCAUGCAUAUUCCUAAAACUGAUUGAUCAAUGGCAAUGAGAGAUUACAGGAAAGGUAACUGGACAGUUGAAGAGACAAUGAUUUUAAUUGAAGCAAAAAAGAAAGAUGAUGAAAGAAGGAAAUUCAACAGAUCAAAACAAACACAAACUCUUACUACUAGUACAAGUAAGCCAAUCACAGAGUUAAGGUGGAAAUGGGUAGAGGAAUAUUGCUGGGGAAAAGGCUGUUUUAGGAGCCAAAAUCAGUGCAAUGAUAAAUGGGAUAAUCUUAUGAGAGAUUAUAAAAAAGUUAGAGAGUAUCUCAAGAAUUUGAGUGAUCAUCUUGAGGAGACAGAAAACAUUAAGUCAUAUUGGAAUAUGGACAAGGUUGAAAGGAAAGACAAAGGUUUGCCUACUAAUAUGUUACCCCAGAUUUACCAAGCUUUGUUUGACGUCGUUGAGCGUAGUAGUAUUAGUAGUAGUACUACUACUGCGACCCCCUCAACUUCUACUACUGUUGCUGCUACGUCUAUGGCUUUGGCUUCGGUUUCGGCUCCUUUUCUGCUACCAAUUCCGAUGUUGGAAAUGCAGCAAAGUCCGCCAUCUGCCGUGCCUGCAUUGCAGCUAUCUCCUCCACUUUUGUUACCGUCUCCGCUACUGCCCCCGCCAUCGCAGCCUCCACCACCACCACCACCACUACUUCCUCACUCAACUUUUAUCUCAUCUCAAGCGCUGCCGCCACACCCAUCUCCAACAUUAGAAUCUGAAACAAGCGAACACUCACAUCCAGAAUUAUCACCAGCUAAGAGGAGAAGGAAAGAGGAAGGUGGAGGGAGAGGCCGAGGCGGCGGCGGAGUAGGAGAAGGAGCGAGUGGUAUUGCUACUCAUACGGAAGCAGCAGCAGCAACUUCGCUCGAAGAUGUAAGCUCAGCAAUAAGUAGGAGUGCUGCGAUCAUAUCAGAAGCAAUCCAGGCUAGUGAGGAAAGAGAAGAGAGGAGACACAGGGAAAUGAUGAACUUGCAUCAAUCAAGACUAAGAAUUGUAGAAUCAAUGAUGGAAAUCAAUAGACAAGGCCUUAAUGGCCUGGCUGAUGCCAUUAAUAGGCUUGCUACUUCCAUUUUUACUUGGGCUAAUUCUCAUAAAACUCAACAAGGACCUUCCUGAUUGAGUGAGUACUAAUGAGUUAAUUGAUAAUUCUUUUUUUUUCUUUU